UAAAUUGAUUAGCUUACUACAAUUAUAAAAUGGGUAAAAAGUAUUACUGUGACUACUGCGAUAAGUCUAUGGUUGCUACGCCGGCAAUAAUAAAAACACACAAUAAAGGAUUGGAACAUCAGAAAUUGCUACAUGAACACUAUCAAGAAUAUAAAGAUCCAGAGACUAUUAUAUUAGAAGAGAGUAAGAAAAUACAAUGCACCAGAUUUAUGAGUGGAAAUUGUUCGUUCGGACCAAUAUGCAGGUACUCGCAUUACACGAAGGAGGAAUUAGAUAAUUUGAAACUACAAGUUCAGCAACAAAAACGAAAGAAAACAAAACAGCCAGAACCGUCCUUGGAAAAUUUGUAUGAACAAUUGCAAAAUGAAAAGUCAAACGAUCUCACUGUACAGAGCGAAACUCUCAUAGUAGAUGCGAACGGGCGGACACAUUUCCUGCCUUGGGUGUACAAUCCUAAGUUUGAUAUGUUCAAAUUACCACCGAGCCUAGAAAGGUUCACACCGGAAAAUAUGUAUUGUCCUCCUACUCAUUGGGGAUGAAUUGGAAUAUGUAUGUAUUUUUGAUGAAAGCAUCAGUUGUUGCAUCUGUGUAGCUGAUAACACAAUACUUCCCUUUUAAACCAAAAUAGAUUACUAUUUUGCAUUAAAAAUAAACAGGGCAGCGGAAUGUGCAUAUAAUGCUCCCUAGCAGCAGUAAAUAUGAAAAUCAAUAAAUUUUGUACACUGUUAGGUAGGAAACUGGUAUAAGUAUGCAGAGUAAACCUCAUGAUUGCAUAGUUCAAUAUGACUAGACCUUCUGCUACAAUAUAAAGAACACUUAUUGACGGCUUGGUCUUAUUUUGAUUACUUGACCGCCAUUCAUAACAUCCAUGUGUUAUUUAUUGUCCCUAUUACAUGAUGUACUUUAUUCUCUAUGUCUAGUACUCACUACAUUGUUUUGAUUGUUAUUUAUUAUUAAUAUGUAAUUUUGCUUAACCUUAAAACUUUGGUAAACACAGUUACUUCAUUAUAGAAGGAGAACAUUAUCACGGAAGAAUACCACUGAUAUAAAGACCUUUUUCAUUGUUUUAUUGUUAUCUGAAAUUAGACAGGCUUCAAUCAUUCAAUGUCCUUAUUAAAUACUUGUUUGAAAUAAAGUUUACAUGUAACAUUUAAAAAAAAAAUCUUUUCCCGC